AUGAAUUUGUUAUACUAUUUCAUAGUUGUAAUACUAACGAGUAGCGUCCUGCGUGGCGGCCCUGGUGGACGCCGUCUUGGUAAACAAGACGGUGUUGGUGUACAAGCGCUAGUUGUCGGACACCCUCUUGUCGUCGGACACGAGGGUGUGGAUGUCGCGGAGAGAGCAGGUGGACUCCGUCGUGUUCCAGGUGACCACCAGAGAGAUGGUCUUCUCCAGCCAGCUGUUGGAUACCCUCAUGUAUAUCACAGCUACUACGAGGAUGAUCAUCUGUCAGACGAUGAUCUGUCAGACGAUGAUCUGUCAGACGAUGAUCUGUCAGACGAUGACUUCUGGGACGACUUCUGGGGUGACCUCUUCUCAGACGACGACUCAGACAUGUCGGACUCAGACGAUGACGACGACGGCUUCUACGAUUACUACCGUCACCAAACUCUCUGGGAUCCUCCCGUCACCUAUCGUGACGGGAGGCAGGGAGCCGGGAGUGGACAGGUCCUAGCCAAGGUGGACAAAGGCUCUCUUACUGCCAGUGACGAAGUCUGGAGGCAGAGAGCCAGGCUCAGGAGAGGCUGCCAGACUCCAGUGUGCUGGUCAACGAGGCUCAGAUAAGAUCUUCCAUGGAAGAAAAAGAACAGAGGGAAGCUCUGGUAAGAUCCUUGAAAGAAGAAAGAGAGCCGAAGGAGGCUCAGAAAAGAUCCUUUGAGGAGGAAAAACAGCAGAAUAAAGCUUUCUUACGAUCCUUGAGGGAGGAGAAGGAGACUCAGCAAGGAAGAUCCUUGGAGGAGAAAGAGGAGAGGGAUGCUCUGCUAAGAUCCUUGAAGAAGGAAAAAGAGGAGAAGGAGGCUUUGCAAAGAUCCUUGAAGGAGAUAGAAGACCAGAAGGCGGCUCUGGAAAAUGCCUUGUUGUUAGAAAAAGGGCGUAGGCAGGAGGUGGAAGAUAAGGUGGAAGACUUAACGGUGUAUACUCAGAGACUAGAAGACAACAGGAAGUUGGUCAAAAAUGUCCUGGAGGCCAGAGACCUAAAUAUUCAACAACUCCAGAAGAAUAUUGGGCUGUUGAAAAAUAUGGUAAAAGAUGGCGAAGCCUGCCACAAUUUCCUGCCAUUGUUGGAGCAGGAAUUGUCUCAGUGCAAAGGUGAAAAAGAAUCAAAUAUCAAAACGCUUGACAGCAUAAAAAUUGAGUUGUUGGACCUCCAGAAUAUCUUCCUGGAGCUUGGAGUGGAGGUUGAUUCUCUCAACCAAGUGCUGGAAGAGAAGGACAAAGAGUUGAAGGCCAUGUCAGAGGACUGUUGUGACGAAGACGUAGAUGUGUUACGAGCGGAACAUGGUUUACUGAAGCAUUAUCUGAGCCAAGCAAAUGUACAACUGGGCACGGAAUCUCUUGAAAUCAAACGUUUGAGAGGAGAGGUCGAAAAAUAUUACAAACUUCAAGUGAAGUUCAAGGAAGAGAAUGAAGGCCUCGUGAAUGACAUUAAGAUUGCUGAGCGGGAAAAAGAGGCCUUAAAUAAAGCAAUAGAAGCUCAAGA